AUGGAGCUCACUCACUAUGGAGGCUACCGCCUUCAACCCCGUAUCAACCUUGGUCGAGAGGUCACCCCGGUCACCCCCGACAGCACAGAUAAGCCUCCGACUGGCGUCUUUCAUCGACUUUUUGCACGAUCGUCGGAAGACAAGUGCAAGGAAACGCCAGACUCCAACACCUGCGAGAAGCCUGUUGGAGGAAGUCUGACCGUGCCCAUCGUCGUCGUUAUUGUUGUUGUCCUCGUGCUUAUUGCAGGUUUUCUGUUCUACCUUCAUCGUAGAAAUGUUAAGAGGGCUAGACUGGAGGAUGCUCGAGAUCCUCACAAGAGCCUGGAUUUUGGACUGGGCGAUCAAAAGAAGUCGGCCCGCAGAAGCAUCUUCAUGGGUGGAGGCGGCGAGAAAGGUCUCCAUCACAAGCAGAGUCAGCUCUCGAUGGACAUGAACCUCUCAUCGCCUUACCUUUUGCCUCCGGGCCUGCAGCAGUCGCGCGAGUCACUUCAUUCUUUGGCCAGGUCUCUCGGUAAUGAUAGCCAAGACCCCUACCAGUAUGUUGCGACCUACACGCAUAGCGAGACCGGCUCCAUGCGGUCCUUUAACCCCAAGGAAUCGUCCUCGCUGUAUACUAAAUCAAGCAGCAACCGUACAUCUGUUGGAAAGGAUCCCUCCCAGAGGAUGCCUCCCUCGCGUAUGAAUUCACUUCCCGAGACGCCCAUCUCAGCCACGGAUUCCAAGGUUGACCCCUUCGCUACGCCCAAACUCCCUGAGCCGACUCAUCAGGCAAACUCCCCCGUCGAAUCCGAGAAGGCGAAGGCCCAUACCGCUUCCAUUGUCCCAGAGAUCGGCGUCAUCUCCGACUUUGAUGAGAAGCAUGACAGCUCCCUGGUUCAACAGCCACCAGUCGCCAGGACCAAGAGCCCCGAGUUUGAGCUUCCCUCGUUUGCUCAGACAACAGACACUGCCCAGCCCGCCAGCAACGCCUUUACUCUGCCUGCCAACAAGGAUAAUGAGCCAACUGGUCUUGGACUGAACUUUGGAUUCCCCAAGCCUACCUCCCCAACUGUCGAUGAUGCUCCUCGCUCUGCUCCCCUUCCCAGCCAAGACCGACACAGCGACGGCUCUAACUACCAGGCCUACCAGCCUGUGGUUGACAUUGCUGACUACUAUGGAGAUGAUGACGAUGAAGGCCGUGGCCGCACCAUGCAGCGCAAAUCAUUCUUGCCCGACCAGUCUCAGCCCCAGGGUCUGGGAGUUCCUCAGCAGGAUAACAAGCGAUUGUCUGUUGGAUUCCGCCCUCUGCCCCCGGAUGAGAUCACUGAAUCUGAGGACCCCGAGUACCGUGCCAACCGUAUUCGAUCCUUCUACAAGGAGUACUUUGAGGAUACCAAGGAGGCGCCACCACCUAUGCCUCCCAUGCCCCCCAUGCAACGCGGCAAUGGUGGUCACGGCCAGUACUACGACGACUACAACAACCAAGGCAACCUUGGUGAGGCGGCGGCCUACUUCGACCCCGAGACCAAUGCCUUUGUCAUGCCCUAUGCCGAGCCUGUCACUCGUCGUGCUAUGACACCUCCGCCUGCCGGCCGCUUCCGGGGCGGACCCGGCCCCCGUGGUCCUCGCGGUCCCCACGGCCCUCAUGGCUCUAUCGGCGGCAUGAGCGCCCAGAGCGGACCUCGAGGACGAUCUCGUGCCGGCUCUGCUCUCGGUCCUCGACCUGACUCAUCUGCCUCAGCGAGAUUCCGUCAACCACCCAAGAAGAGGCUCCCUCCCCCUGCUCCUCUCCCCACGCUCCCAACCCCCUCCAAGCUCAAGGAUGACAACUUCGCUAUCAUCAACGCAGCCGACUUUGCGCCGCCUGAUCGUAUCCGAGACAACGUCGCCGGCCGCUCCCAGAGCCCAUUCGGCGAGAGGCGACCCUACUCGCCAACAGUGCCCGCAGCCGUGCCCCUAGUGACUGCCUUCGACGAGCUCACCGCUCUGCCUAGCCCUCACUUGCUCCGCAAGUCAAGCACAUUCACGGGUCUGGACUUUGCUCCUCCCAAGAAGUUCAAGGACGCAGACACGAUGAGCGACGCGGGCAGCAUCAGGAGUAACAAGAGUGGUAUCUCUCAAGCACAGCUCGGUGCCAUCCGUGCUGGAGCUGGACGUGUGAGCCGACUCCCUGGCGACACGGUCUUCACGCAGACGUCUAUGCAAGACGCACUCAAGCCUUCAUGGACCCUUCGGCCUUGA